AUGCGUAUAUUGGGAUUUACAUUCAAAAUUUUAACGAGCUGCGGUUGUUGGAUGCCGCUUUCUUGGACAUCUCCCUAUAGACGCCUAAUGUAUCACAUAUAUACAAUUUUUAUACUUAUGCUAAUAAAUACGUUUACAUUAUCGCAAUUUUUGGAUAUAAUUCUGACUGUGGACAAUCCGGAGGAUUUCAUGGAUAAUUUUUACAUGCUGCUUGCCAUGAUUGUUUCUUGUUUUAAAAUGUUUAGCCUGUUAAUGAAUAAUGGCAACAUCGCAAUGCUAACUAACAUUCUCAUAAAUGGACCAUGUAGACCGCUCGAUGUGGUAGAAGUGGAAAUUCGACAGAAAUUCGAUAAACUUAUCGAGACUAAUACUCUGUGUUAUAUGAUUCUGGUUGAAUUAACAUGCGCAUCUACGGCAAUAGCAUCAUUGCUCACAGAUUACAGGAAAGAAAAAUUAACAUUCCGAGCAUGGUUACCAUUCGACUACUAUUCAUCAACAACGGUUUUUCAUUUUACAUAUUUUCAUCAAUUAAUAAGUUUAACAGUUGGAUCUGUUCUACACGUUGCUUGCGAUGGUCUUAUUUGUGGAUUAUUGUUGCAUAUCUGCUGUCAAAUAGAGAUAUUGAGUUAUCGUUUGAAAAAAAUCGUACGCAAUCCAAAAACACUUCGUGACUGCGUCAUUCAGCACAACGUUAUAUUUAAGUUUUCUUCUUUACUAAACAAAAAGUUUAGAUUUACUAUCACCUUUCAGUUUAUAGUAAGUACAUUAGUGGUGUGCUUCACUUUAUAUCAGCUAACCAAGACGAGUGGAAAAUUCGUCGAAUUAGGAAUGUACAUGUCAUGUAUGCUCACACAAAUUUUUUUGUAUUGCUGGUAUGGAAAUGAAGUCAAACUAAAGAGUUUACAAUUAGUCAAUGAUCUAUUCAAAAUAGAAUGGUUUACGUUGGAACAAAACGUAAAGAAGGAACUUUUAAUAAUUACGAAACGUUGUACAGUACCUAUCGAAUUUAGCAGUGCUUACGUUAUACCAAUGAAUUUGGAUUCGUUUGUGGGUUUGCUCAAGACAUCAUAUUCCACUUAUAACAUACUUCAACAAAUGCAAGAUACAAGUAACGAAGACGCAUAGAAAAACAAUAUUAUUAUUAAAUUUUUUGUAUAAAGAUGUU